UUACCAAGAUAGAUAAAGAGAGACAAGAUUGCUCAAAAUAAACAGAACUUUUUCUCUCGACAUUGCUACAGAAGAAAAGUCGUCAAAAGUUUCGCCGUUAUCUCUCGACGUUGCUACGGCGCGUCUCCCACCACGAGCACCAGAUCUGGUCUCGUCUCCUCUCUACGAAUUCAGCGAACUAAACAAUCUCUCAGUUGUGCUCUGCUCUCUUACAUGGAUCUCAAGCCUCCGGACGGUGAGAUCGAAGCUACGGCGACCGUAACCACUAACUGCUCCUUGCCAGCCUCCUCCUCUCCAAUGAAUAACAGCCUCUCUGUGAAAUCGUCAUCUCUCAAUGCUGAGAUUAUGAUGGGUGAAGCUCCGAUUCAAACAAAUACUGCUUCGAUUGUAGAUCCCCUUCUUUGUGACGAUGAGCUCUCCAACGCUCCUCUUGCAAUCACCGAUCAGUCAACUGCUAUCACUGAAGCAUCAUCGCCACUGGUAGACUCAGAUAUAGUUCCUCUCACUGAUGAGGAAUCUGAACUAUCUUCUAACCCACCAAAUGCUUUCAUACCAUCGAUUGGAGCAUGGGCUAAACCUCUUGCAUUUGCACCGCCUCCUACUCCACCAACACCAGCAACGCCGUCGGGUUUUGACCCGCAAUAUCUCAACAACUUACUUGAUUCUUUCUGGCCAACUCUAAAUGAUGGAAUUGGGAAAAAUCAGAAGAAAAGAGACCAACGAGCUGCUGUUCGAGAGUUUCCACUCGCUCCUGUUCCAAAAAUUCCUGUUCCGGAACUUAAAGAUGAUGGAAGCUUGAGGUUUCCGUGGGCUGCUAGAAUGAAUCCUGCUACAAGAAAUCUUUAUCGAGCGGCUAAUCCUACCUUCCGACUUGAUGGAACUCCUCAGGUUACCAUCCCUUCUCAGGUUCUUAGUUUAGGACCAGAAAAUAAAAGAGAGUAUCUGAUUGGCCAGUUUCAUCGUUGCUCUCUACCUCCUGGAGGUUUGAUUCAUGCUGUAGUAAAUAGGCUGUGGGGAAGAAGUUGCAGAAUAGGAUGUCGUAAGCUUAGUGAGUCAUCUUAUAUGUUUCACAUUCCUCAUGAUUCAACUCGAGAAUGGGUAGUUCAGAGAGGUGUAUGGCAUGUUGACGACUGUUUGUUGUUUGUUUCGCCUUGGAAAUCAGUAAAUUCGCUCAAAGUCCCUGAAGUAUCAACUAUCCCGGUUUGGGUAAACUUAAAGAAUGUUCCAGAUUGUUGCUAUUCAAGAUUAGGUCUCAGUCAUGUAGCAUCAGGACUUGGUGAGCCUAUGCAAACGCACAAACCGCGCCUUGAUCCGACUUGCUUGGGGGAAGCAAAGGUUUUAGUUGAAGUAGAGCUUGACAAGCCCUUUCCUAAGCAAAUUGCCUUAGAUGACAAACAAGGUAAUAUAUUCUUGGUAGAUGUUGAGUAUACUUGGAUUCCGAGUACUUGUGGUAGAUGUGGACACUUAGGACAUAAAGAGAAAAGAUGUCUACUUCCAGCUGUCCAAAAGAAUGAGGAAACACUUCCAGUGAAUGAGGUGAUGAAUGAAGAUCGAGGGGUUGGGUCGGAUAAGGAACAAGCUCAGGUCUAUGCUGCAUCGGAAAAAGAGGUGGUACAAGUUGAAGAUUCUGAAGCGAAUUUGGAUUUAGCUUCUACUGAUCAAAUUUUAGAACCCACUAAUGUGACAGAGAUUGAAGAGUUGCAAUCACAAAAGGGUGUUGAGCUUAAGGCUCUUUCAACGCCGGUACACUUUCUCGUCCAUUCUAAGGAAACUAUAGCCAUUGGCUCCAACUCUCAAUUCACUACAUCACCAUUAGCAGUUUGGAAUCAGGAGGCAAUUCAUUGGCCUUUAUGUACACACCUACGCAUGGCAGCCCUUUUCACAAUGCUAUUGAGCAAUUCAAUGUUCAUGAUGUUGGAGAUGGGCUAAUGAGUGAUGCUACGGCAAAUCUCAACAUGUCAAGAGGUGGGAGGCCAAUAAAACCAAGUCAAAAAUAUCAAGAUAUGGAUUGGAUCAAGAUACAAGGGAAAGGUAAGCGAGGUCGUCGAGGCCGUGGAUACCACACUCCCUAGUGUUUCCUUCUUUCUUAUCUUGCUUUAUUAAGCUUAUGUCCAUAAGUUUCUAUUUUCUAAGUUAUUGCUUAGUUCAAUAUGAGAUUGUUUCUCAUCAUGCUUUCUAAAACUUUAUGGUUUCAAAACCAU